CGACGUCGAGCGGUCAGAUGGGAAAUGUCGGUGGACUUACAAUCUGACGUGAGUACACAAAGUCGCACCAGCAAUUAUGUCAACGGGCGAUCGGACGUCCAAGCUCUUUCCGGCCUCACUGCUUAUGUUCCGAUUCCCUAUUCACCCAUGGGGGCUUCACUCGGACCAUGCGAAACCGAGUACCGGUUUGCAGUCGGUACAAAACCAUUCUAUUCCCGCAAUAUCAAUUCCACGACUCAACGACAACAUCAUUUGUGCGAGUGACAGUUUCUUUCCUCAGGCUGUAUAUCUCUCUUUUUUUGUUGCAUUUGCAUUUGUACACUAAACCCUUUCUUUUUCAAAGUCUGACCCUCUUUUCAAUCUUUUCGAGAUGAUCGCGCUGUCGUCUCUCCUCCUAUUGGGUGGGCUAUCCCUAAGCCAUGCUCUUGCACUCCCUAAGUAUGCUUCUCGAGUCAAUGCGCGUGCUGUAAAUACUACUAGCUAUGAUUUCAUUAUUGCCGGAGGUGGAGGUGCUGGUUUGUCAAUCGCGGAUCGAUUGACCGAGGACCCCAACAUCAACGUGCUCGUCAUUGAAGCUGGUCCAUUCGACAAGGGCGACGACAGCGUCGAGAUCCCUGGCGCCUGGAACCCUCUUCCAUAUGCAUGGCCCAACCUGACUACGGAACCCCUGACUGCUCUCAACAACCGUGAAGAGAUCGUCGUCUGCGCUAAGGUAGUCGGAGGAGGUAGUGUGAUCAAUGCUAUGAACUUGCUCCGAGCUACCGUUGCCGACUAUGAUGCAUGGGCUACGCUUACAGACGAUGAUUCUUACUCGUGGGAUGCUGUCCAGCCCUACUUCAUUAAGAGCGAGAACUUCACCGAGCCCGAAGCCGAAUAUGCUGCAGAGAACAACAUCACUUGGGUUGACAACCUCCGAGGAUACGAAGGGCCUGUCAGAUACACCUACGCCAACUUCGGAUACCCGGGUCAGGGCAACUGGUAUUCGGCAGCGACCUCUGUCGGCAUCAAGCCUGUUGAGGAUCCCGCUACAGGAAAGAAUGCUGGUAUCUUCUGGGUGCCAGUCGCUUUGGACCCAGAUGACUUGACUCGAUGCAGUGCUCGUUGCAACCACUACGACCGCGUCUCGGACUCUCGACCAAACUACCAUGUCAUUGACAGCACGAGAGUGUCCAAGAUUCUUUUCAACGGAACACAGGCCGUUGGUGUCGAAUAUCUUGUCAGUGCCGACGGUGAGGUCUCCCAAGCAUUCGCUUCCAAGGAAGUGCUCGUCUCUGCCGGUGCCACCCACACUCCUCAGCUUCUCCAGCUCUCUGGUAUCGGACCGAAGGCACUUCUCGAUCAGUUCGGCAUUCCCGUUGUUGUCGACCUUCCCGGUGUUGGACAAAACUUCCAGGAUCACUCUUCCGUCAACAUCCUCUACAACUUCACAGACGUUGUCACUCCCAACUCUGGAUCCCUCAUUACCAACGAAACCUUCAACGCUGAACAAUUGGCAGCCUACCAGAACCUUGAGUCAAGCGCCUACACUAUCAUCAGGGGCCUCGGCUCGGUCUUCACCACCGUGUCCUACAGGGACGUCUUCGGCGACGACAACACCGUCCUCGACGAAGCCAAGGCGCGUGAUCCCGCCGCGUCUCUCCCCGAAGGUACCGAUCCCACUGUCAUUGCUGGCUACGAAGCGCAGCGCAACAUUCUUUUGGAACAAAUGGACAACCGCGACAUGGCUGUAGCCGUCAUGGCCUUCGACACCUUCGCAGGCGUCAUGGUCUCGCAGGUCAAGCCCUUCAGCCGUGGAAGCAUCAACAUCAAGUCUACCAACACCUUCGACGAGCCCGCAAUGGACUUCCGUACCGCCACCGACCCUAUCGACAUCCCCACCUACGUCGCCAUCAUCAAGAAGCUCCGCCAGAUCAUGGCCGCCCCUGACAUGGCUGCCAUGGGACCCAUCGAGGCCUUCCCUCUCUUGGGCGUCCAGAGCGACGAGGAAAUCGCUGCCGCUCUUCGCGCUUCUCUCGCGCCUUCCUCCGCUCAUCAGUGCUGCUCUGCUGCUAUGUUGCCUCUGGAGCACGGUGGCGUCGUGGACAGCAACCGCAAGGUCUACGGCACCACUAACCUUCGUGUCAUCGACAUCAGUGCCUUCCCCAUGGCCCUCUCCGGAGGCCCCAUGGACAACAUCUACGGAAUCUCCGAGAAGGUCGCCGAUGACAUCAAGAAGGACUACUACUCCUACUAAAUACUCCCUUCUAAUGCUUCAUUCACUUGAGGCUGUAUAAACUGUAGACGUACGUAUAUGUUGUAUUAGACAUCUAUAUAUGGUAGAUAGACCUUUAGAUCGUUUUAUUGUUGUUGUUUUCUUUUGUUUUCUAGAGCCGUUACAUUCGCCGCUCAAGACUGUGUUCGUUCCAGACAUGAGCGGUUGAGCAUUUAC